ACGAAGAAGAAGCCAACCCGGAAGACUUUUUAUCGGUCGAACGGUCCUGUGAGCUAACGGCUUCUCUCCUCCGCACUGCUUCUCUCUGGAAGACAGAACCUUCCCCCUUUCUUCACUCUCCGACAUUAAACCUCCGACAUGUACACAACGCGGAGGAGGACGCGUGUGGCCGCGGGCAGCAGCGCGACGAGCAGCGGGCAGAGGCAGUGAUGCCGCUCGGCUGAUCCUCUCUCCGCCGCACCAUGAUCCCCGUGCCGCUGCUGGUGUGUGUGAUGGCAGCCUGGUGCGCCGUGUACCUGGCCGACACACUGCUGAGGUCGUCGGCAUCGCACCGAGUCAGAUAUGAGUCGUGGCUGGCGAGUCGGGGGCUGAUGUUGUCCCCUUUCCACCUGCGCUGGCAGACCACCAUGUUCAACCGGCUGUUCGCCUUCUGCGCCCGCAUCAACCCCCGAGCCCUCCACGUGUGGUUCAACAGCGGCCUGGUGUUUGGCGUAGUGGCCAUGGUGGGGUCGGUGGUGCUGCUGACAAAGACGCUGCAGCAGACGCUCGCUCAGAUGACCUCGGACAACCCUCGGAUGGGAGGUCAGCAGGCGCUGCAGGUGGUGGUCCCUGGUGUAAACCUGCCCACGAAUCAGCUGGCCUACUUCUUCACCGCCCUGCUGCUCAGCGGAGUCAUACACGAGCUGGGUCACGCCGUGGCAGCGCUGAGGGAGCAAGUGCGAGUGAACGGCUUCGGCAUGUUCGUGUUCGUGGUGUAUCCCGGCGCCUUCGUGGAUCUCUUCACCACUCACCUCAACCUUGUGUCGCCCACGCAGCAGCUCCGCAUCUUCUGCGCUGGAGUCUGGCACAACUUUGUUCUGUGUGUGGCAGCGUUGGCCUUCCUCUUCCUGCUGCCGAUCUUUCUGUUUCCCGUGUACUCGACCGGAGCCGGGGCACUGGUCAUCGAGGUCAUACAGGGCUCAGCGGCCGACGGUCCUCGGGGUCUGUCGGUCGGGGACAUCGUGACGGGGCUGGAGGACUGUCCCGUCAGCGGGGUGGAGGACUGGAGCAGCUGCCUGUCGCGCCUCUCUCACUCCCCGCAGACCGGAUACUGUGUCCCCGUCACCAGCCUGCAGCCCAGCUGGGCUCACGGACGAGCUUUCAAGCGCUUGGACGGAACGAUGGACUGCUGCAGCAACAACAGCCUGACAGACCUCUGCUUCUCCUACGUUCAGCCCCAGGGUCGCAGCAGGGAGAAGGAGUUCGCCUGCAUGCCGGUGCGCAAGAUGGUGUCGGGCACGCGAGUGUGUCGCGCCGACGGCGACUGCGCCGCCGCGCACGUCGCCAGCGUCUGCGUCACUCCCUCCCUGGAGAACCAGACCCGCUUCAUCCGCGUCACGCACCCCCCGAACACACACAUGCUGUUCGUGGGCUACCCGCCGCACCUUCAGUACGCAGUGAGUCUGACCAACUUCGUCCCCCGCUUUGGUUUCCUCCACCUGGAUCUGCCCGUCUUCCUGGAGACUUUCUGCAAAUACGUGGUGUCCCUCUCUGGCGCGCUAGCCGUCGUCAACUCCGUGCCGUGCUUCGCCCUCGACGGCCAGUGGAUGCUGAACGCGCUGCUGGAGGCCACGCUGGCCGCCGUGGUGACGGACCGGCAGAAGCGCGAGCUCAUCGGUUUCUUCCUGCUGCUGGCGGGCAGCGCCCUGCUGGCGGCGAACGUGGCGCUGGGCCUGUGGAUGGUCACGGCGCGGUAGCCACAGCGGUGGCAGGACGGGGUAAUGGGUGAAAGGCCCCGUGUGGACGCAGAGAUGCUCUCUCUCAGGACGCGCAGACCAUUAAACUGUGGACGUGCAGGGAACAGGCUGCAUUACCCAGCAGCACUGCUGAGCAGAACAUUACAUUACUCUGCCCCCGGGCUCUUUCUGGACCACCAGGCCAUAAACGACUCUCUCUCCUCUUCCACAAUGUUGCCGCCAUAUACACAAAAGCACACAUAUAUAACAGAUGAAUAAGUAAAGCACCGUCCUGUGUGACUCUUUACGAAUACUGCACAGUCUUUCCAAAUUUGAAUUAUCUAUACAUGUUUGAAGGUUGAGAGAGAAAAACAUCUUUGUUUUUUUGUUUUUUUUAAGGGCUUUAACUCCAAAAUGCCAUAUUUCCCUGCUGAGUGUUUAAGGCUGAACCUUCGGACCUUAAGUUUAUCAGCGAAUGCAUUGCAAUACCUUGUAUUUACUACCACAUAUCACAGCUGGAGAAAAAAAUAAAUGAACUGCCUUCUCACGAGAUUAGUUCAUGAGUUGACGAAGACGACUUCUGCAACAUUUUCUCAAUAUCCAAAAAAGGUUUGAAGGCAGAAACGGCGGUUUGAAAAUGAAAGUGUCUUUCUCCUCGUCGGACAUUGCAGCGGGACAACGACCGACGAAGUGUAAGUUUCACAUUUUUUACCCUGUCUUGGCCUUUCACUGUCUUUCAUCUGGAUGUAAACGUUGAUUGUCUAAAAUGUGGAUUAAAGGACUGGUUUUAUUUAA